AAAGCAUUGAGCUUUUCCCCAACUAUAAAAUCAACCCACCCACCAUUCCUUCACCCACUCAUCUUCCACCUGCUCGUAAAACUCAGACCUUUUUUCCCCAGAAAGAAAAAAAAAACACACAAAAAUGGACUCAUCUGGACGUUCAAGGAGGCAUUGUUUCAUUGAACAAGAUCAAGGCUUGGCUUCUAUUGCGGUGAUGGAGGCUGGAUAUUCGGGCACCCAUUACCAAACCCAGAUUCAAAAUGGGUUUUUUCAAAGACCUCUUUGUUACACAAGGAGAACCAGCUUGAGGAAUCUAUCUUCUUCAUCUUCUUCUUUAUGUUUAUAUCCAAGAUUUGAGGACCAAAUCCGUCAACCCCAUUUCUUGGAUUCCUGUUUCCUUUGCAGGAAUCCUCUUGGGGGAAACAAAGACAUCUUCAUGUACAGAGGGGAUACUCCUUUUUGUAGUGAGGAGUGUAGACAAGAGCAAAUAGACAUUGAUGAGGCUAAGGAGAAAAGCAAUAGCCUUUCUUCCUCCAUGAAAGUUUUGAGGAAGAAGGAUCAAAGGAAAGCUACAACUUCAACUACAAAAACCCAGAGCUAUCCUUUUCGACCAGGCACUGUUGCAGCUGCAUAAAUAUAAUCGUUUCACAAAGGAAAUAAAGAGUGAGAAAAAAAACAUAUAUCUACCCUUUUAUAUGAACUGUUG